AUGUAAUGUAAACAAUGACAUGAGGACAUGAGAUGGAGUGUGAGACAGCUGCUUCAGGCUCAGCAGGAGGAGGAGACAGAGAGAAACUCAGGGUUUGUUGAAGAAAACCUGAGUUUCUCUCCGUCAGCGAGCAGGUUUGGUUCACGGAGUAUGUUGCCGGGGUAGCUGACUCAGCGUUAAGCUGAACUGGCUUUGUGAAACCGAAAAAACAGAGUUUCCCUCAUCUCAGGGUUAACUAACUCAGAGUUUUCACUAAACCUGCUUUCUGAAACGGGCCCCUGUUGACUUGUUCACCUUUUGUCUUGUUUACCUGUUGACUUAUUUACUUGUUGACUUGUUUACCUGGAGGUGAUGGAAACGACUCCAACCAUCGGCUUUAAUGUGGGGACGUUGGAUCUGGAUAAGAAGACUUCCCUCACAUUGUGGGACAUUGGAGGACAGAAAAGCAUGAGACCAAACUGGAGGUUGUACCUGGACAGUUGCAAGGCUGUGGUCUUCGUGGUGGACAGUUCUGACUCGUCUCGUCUUCCUGAGGCUCAGAAGGUUCUGAAGAAAGUUCUCAGUGAUGAUAGACUGAGAGGAGUUCCUCUAAUGGUUCUGGCCAAUAAGAAGGACCUGCCUAACUCCAUGACCAUACGAGAGAUCUCGUGUCAGCUGUCUCUCCCCUCGCUGACAGACAGGUUGUGGGAGAUCCAGGCGUGCAGCGCUAAACGAGGUCUUGGUCUUCAGCAGGCGUUUGUUUCUGUUCACAGACUCAUCAAGAAGAGCUGAACACACAUUAUUAUUUUUAUUAUUAUUAUAAUAAUUAUUAUACAUCUAUAUGUAUAAAGAUGUAACCCUAUAUAAAGUCAUUGACUAAUA